AUGUCUGUUGCUAGGAGAAGUACUUCUCGUUAUGAUCAGAUUGUUCUUAAGACCGAAAGAGGGACCCCCCCCGGGGCACCGCUCAAGAGGAAACGCGACGCCAAUGCGCAAGCUCCGACAUCUGCCAACGAACCCAAGCGUUUUCAGCGAUCGUCUUCUUACAUCAGCAUCCACUCAUCGUCCGACGAAGAUGAAGCCCCCAAAGCCAAUUCCUCAAGCCGCGCCAAUGCCAAGUCCUCGCCACAACAACCAAGGUCGAACAAGAAUACAAUGGCAAACUUUCUAGCCAUGGGAAAGCAGAAGCCAUCUCAGGCGCUGCAGCAAAGGCCACAACAGAAGCCAUCUCAGGAGCCGCCGCAGAAGUCAUCGCCCGCCAAGCCAUCACAGCAGCCGCCGCAGACUCAACAGCAAAGGACACAGCACAAGCCUCAGAACAAACCAUCGCAGAUGCCGCCGCAGAUCACACAGGAAAUGCCACUGCAGACCCGACGGGAGAUCCUCAUGCAAAAGAUACAGCAGCUCGAACAGCACAUCGCAGAGCAAAAGUCACAGAUGAUUCCACAGCAGCUACCGCCGAUGCAACAGCCAAGGACACAGCCAAGGCCACAGCAGUUUCCACAACAGAUUCCACAACAGAUUCCACAGCAGCCACGGCCGAUGCCCUUACUUCCGUCCAAUCCCUCGACAAGUGGUCCCGCCGAUAAUGAGGACGACUUCUUGGCCGUUGACCCGGUGCCUGAGCCAACGCUAUGCAAAGAGCAGCAGGACCUCCUCGAUCUCAUCAUGUCAGGAAGAAAUGUCUUCUUCACUGGCUCAGCAGGAUGCGGCAAGUCCACAGUUCUCAAAGCAGCAGUCAAGAAGCUUCGAGCGGCGGGUAAAACCGUUCACAUCACCGCGCCAACCGGUCGAGCCGCUCUUGGAGUCAAUGGCGUGACUACCUGGUCCUACAUGAGCUGGAUGAUUGACGAUAUGAAGCUCCCCAUAGGUAAGCUCAAAGGUCUUUCACAUCGCCCAACUGUCAAGGAGCGUCUCGCGAAGACGGAUGUUCUUAUCAUCGAUGAGAUCAGUAUGGUUGAAAACCAUCAUUUCCAGCGCAUGAACGAAGGCCUCAAGAGUGCGCGAUGCUGGUCACCCCAACACGGGGACUACUUCCCAAACGCCCCAGCAUUUGGCGGCGUCCAACUUCUUGUCACCGGCGAUUUCUGUCAAUUACCUCCAGUCAAGCCUUUCAAACACUGCAUACGUUGUGGCUUAGAAACAACGGCGAAUGCUGAAUGGUCCCCAACUGAGUGGAACUGUAGGUCGAACUGCGGGCCAUUUUAUGUCGAGGACCAGUGGGCCUUCAGGAGCGCUGCCUGGGAAGAUGCUAAUUUCACUCAUGUUCAUCUGAAAGAGAUUCAUCGUCAAAGUGAUGAGUCUUUUGUGAAAAUGCUCCAGAAGUGCCGACUUGGCAUACCAUUUUCUAAAAAAGAAGAGAAGAUGCUGCUCAGACAACAUCCGGACGAUGCCAAGUUUCGAAACGUGACAAAGCUUUUUGCCCACAAGAAGGCCGUACAGACAGAGAAUAGAGUAAGUUUCGAGAGGUUGCCUGGAGAAGCUACCAUCUAUGAAGCCAUUGACGGCUUCGAUUGGAAAGAACAUCAUACAGAACUCGAACAUUAUAAGGAUAAAGCACGCCGGGAUAAAUAUUCCGAUGUUCCGUAUGUGCAUGGGACUCUAGAACAGUGCAAAGAGAGUCCAUUGGACGCCUACGUUGAGAUGAAAGUCAAUGCGCUGGUCAUGCUCAAGGUCAACCUGGAUACAGAGAAGGGCCUCGUCAACGGAAGCCAAGGCAUCGUUGUCGGCUGGGAACCCUACGACCCCGAAAAACUUCCAAACACGAAAAAAGCCACCCUCUUGAAUAUAGAUGUCCUUGCCGGUCACCAUGCUGACUGGCGAGCGAGGAAGAUCAGGCAGUACGCAGAGCGGCGUGGUAUUCGGAGAUGGCCGAUCGUCCGGUUCAACAAUGGUAUCACACGCCCGAUGUAUCCAUCAAUAGUGGUCAAUACUCUCGGGGCAACGGAACCUUACUCAGUACUAUACAGAACACAACUCCCACUGGUUCUCGCAUGGGCUGUCAGCAUUCAUAAGUCUCAGGGUAUGACGCUGACUCACGUCACGACGGAUCUUGGGCAAGCAUGGGAGCAGGCGUUGAAGUAUGUUGCGUUGUCGCGCGUGACGAGCCUUGACGGUCUUGCCAUUCUCAAGCCUGGGGGGUGGAAGAAGCGUCAAAGCUGUAAGGACUCGUUGGCGGUGGUAGAGUCGUCAUCCCACGAAGUGAGGGAGUUUCUUGAGGACAAGUUUGGGAGAAAUUUAUUCACAGAUCUCGAGGGAAACAGAUGA